CGGCCGUCCCGCAGGACGCCCAUGACAGAGAGACAUGGCGAUGUGGGACCCCGCGCUGCUCGUGCUGCUGGCGCUCAGCUUGCCCGGGGGCGCCGACGUGGCCCCCAAGUCCGAAGAGCCCGGCGAGCCCUGCUCGUCCUGCACCUUCCGCAACCACUCGCGACACCUGCGGCUCGAGGCCAUCAAGACGCAGAUUCUGAGCAAACUGCGCCUCAAGCAGCCGCCCAACAUCAGCCGGGACGCCGUCAAGCAGCUGCUGCCCAAAGCGCCGCCACUGCUGCAGCUGCUCGACCAGUACGACGUGCUGGGGGACGACGGCAGUGACGUCGGGGUGGAGGAGGACGACUUCCACGCGACCACGGAGAGCAUCAUCGUCAUGGGCACAGAACCUGAUCCGGUGGUCCAGAUGGAGGGCAAGCCCACCUGCUGCUUGUUCACCCUGAGCCCCAAGGUGCAGCCCAGCCGCAUCGUGAAGGCACAACUCUGGGUACACCUGCGCCCCUCGCUGGAGCCGCUGACCGUGGUGCUGCAGAUCCUCCGCCUGAAGCCCGCCGUGGGCCCGGACGCCACCCACCACAUCCGCAUUCGCUCCCUAAAGCUGGACGUCACCCCGGGGAGCAGCGCUUGGCAAAGCGUCGACUUCAAGCAGGUGCUGCAGUUCUGGCUGCGGCAACCCGAGACCAACUGGGGGGUAGAAAUCAAUGCGCUGGACCCUUCUGGGAAGGACCUGGCAGUGACCACCCCUGCUGCCGGCGAGGAGGGCUUGCAACCAUUCCUGGAGGUGAAGAUCGCCGAGGCCCCCAAGCGGCUGAGGAGGGACGCGGGCCUGGACUGCGACGAGCACUCGUCCGAAUUUCACUGCUGCCGCUACCCGCUGACCGUGGACUUCGAGGCCUUUGGCUGGGACUGGAUCAUCGCCCCCAAGCGAUACAAAGCCAACUACUGCUCGGGCGAGUGCGAGUCUGGGCACCUGCAGAAGUUCCCGCACUCCCACGUGGUCCACAACACCAACCCCAGGGGCUCCGUGGGGCCCUGCUGCACCCCCACUAAGAUGUCGCCCAUCAACAUGCUCUACUUCAAUGGCAAGGAGCAGAUCAUCUACGGGAAGAUCCCGGCGAUGGUGGUGGACCGCUGCGGCUGCUCCUGAGGCGGGCGCCACCGCUGCUACGUUUCUCACGUCGGCAAACUUUGCGCUUCCCUGGCUGGGCCUGGAGAAAACUCGAGCAAAGCCUCGGCCACCGGACUCGCGGUCUGUCCCCUACGAGUCCGGGCCACUCGAUCCCAUGUUCAACUCUCACACACUGACUGCUGCCACAAAUCUGUAAGAAGCCCGGGGAAAGCAGAGCUGCAAGAGACCCGAGAGCGGGCAGGCAGGCGGGUGGACAGCCGUGGCGGUGGGCGCGUGGCUCCAGCGUGUAGUGGCGGAGGCAUGCUCGCUCUCUUCCUGCUUUGCACGGCGCUGUAUGGAUCAACACUGGCGAGUGCCAUGGCCCAGUUCCCUCAGCCAGCCAUGGUGCCCACACACAGACAGACUGACUGACUGACUGACCCCAGCGCUUGGCACAGAGACCACGACUCAGGGCAAGUGCAGAGCGGCCUUUGCCUUAUGCCAGCUGCUCCCAGUUCCGUUUGCUUGCCAGCGCCUGCCCGCCUUGCCGCCAGUUCCUUCCUAACUCUCUCAAGUUGUAUUGAUGAAAGCACAAUAAAGAAUGCAAUGCCA